AUGCAGAAGCCAUGGAGUUGAGUUGCAGCGAAGUGCCUCUUUAUGGGCAGAUGACGGUCUAUGCCAAGUUUGGCAAAAACGUUUAUCUUCCUGAAGAUGCCGAGUUCUAUUUUAUUUAUGAUGGAUCUCAUCAGAGGCAUGUUGUGAUUGCCGAGCGAGUUGAGGAUAACGUCCUUCAGUCCAGCAUUCCAGGCCACCAGCUUCAGGAGACAGUGAUGGUGUCUGUAUGCCUCUGCUCAGAAGGUUACUCUCCAGUGACCAUGGACUCUGGCUCCGUGACCUACGUGGACAACAUGGCCUGCAGGCUGGCUCGUUUGCUGGUUACCCAGGCGGACCGCCUCACAGCCUGUAGCCACCAGACCUUGCUCACCCCGUUUGCCCUGUCUGUGGGAGCACUGCCUGUGCUGGAUGAGGAGCUUGUGCUGGCUCUGACCCAAAUGGAGCUACCUCGGGGGUGGACUGUCUUGGGAAAUUCUUCACUAGAAGUGUCUCUACCCAGAGAGACUCUUCUACACCUAGCUGUGAGAUGGGGCCUGACCAAGCUUUCCCGCUUCCUCUUGUGCCUUCCUGGGGGAGUACAAGCCUUGGCUUUACCCAAUGAAGAAGGUGCCACACCAUUAGACUUAGCUUCACAUGGUGGACAUUCCAUACUGGUGGAAGACAUCACAAAUUUUCAGGGCAAGUGUUCCCCAGGCUUCUCCCGGAUGUGGCUCAGUGAAGACGCCUCCCUGCAGUUCAUCCACUCAUCACAAAUGCUCACUCUCACCCUGAACCACACAGCCGAGCAUUUGCUGGAGGCAGAUAUUAAGCUCUUCCGGAAAUACUUUUGGGACAGAGGCUCUCUUGUCAAGGCUCUUGAGCAAGAAUCCCAGCCAGAGGAACCACCAACUAUGCCCUCUGGAGCUGCAGAAACUGAAGAAGAUCGUUCUUUCAGCGUCCACAAAAAAUCCAAGAAUGCUUCGACAUUCCUUGCUGCUGGCCGGCUUUCUGACAUGCUCAAUGGUGGUGAUGAAGUCUACGCUAACUGUAUGGCAAUAGAUCAGGUUGGCGAUUUGGAUAUCAACUAUAUUAAUAUAGGGGGAAUUUCUGCUCAUACAAGCCCUGAACCCCUGGAGUCUACUGUGGGAACUCAAAAUUGCAAGCACAUCCUUAUCCCUGACUCUGGCCCCGGUGUGUGUCCACGGGGUGAGAACAGGGAAACAAUGGCAAGCAAGGAAGCCUGGAAGGCCUCCAUGUCUUCGUCUGGCUCACAUACUCCCAACUUGAAUCUGGCUUUUGGGCUGCAUGGAUUUGAAGAACAAAGCCAUCUAAAGAAAAGAAGUUCCAGCCUGGAUGCCCUGGUUGCUGACAGCGAGGGGGAAGUGUGUCCUGAGCAGCCUCACCUGUGCCAUGCUCCAGUGUCUCAGAGUUCCUCAGGAACUAGGGUUCCUAGCGGAGAUGAACUGGAUUCUUUUGAACCAGAUCUUAAUAUCUCCAGAACUGAAUCCCUCUCUCUUUCAAGUAAUCUACAGUCAAAGGAAUCACUGCUUUCUGGAAUCCGUUCGAGAUCUUAUUCCUGCUCAUCUCCCAAAAUUUCUUUAGGAAAAACUCGACUGGUGCGGGAUCUUACAGUGUGCAAUUCCAGUGAAGAGCAAAGAGUUUAUAGUGUACCAGAGCCACCAGGAGGGAAAAGAAUUCAGGAAGAAGAAUGGGACAAAUACAUCAUCCCUGCCAAAUCAGAGUCUGAAAAGUACAAAGUGAGCCGAACUUUCAGCUUCCUCAUGAAUAGGAUGACUAGCCCUCGGAAUAAAUCUAAGAUGAAGAACAAGGAUACCAAAGACAAAGAGAAAAUGAAUCGACAUCAGUUUGUCCCUGGAACGUUUUCUGGUGUUCAGCAGUGUUCGGCUUGUGAUAAAACACUCCUGGGGAAAGAGUCAUUCCAGUGUUCCAACUGUAAUGCAAAUGUGCACAAGGCCUGUAAAGACACCGUACUGCCCUGCACCAAGAAAUUGCAAGACAAAUAUAGCAAGAACAAGUCUCAGACCAUCCUUGGAACUUCUUCAGUUAGAGAUAUCCCGCAACCUGGAACCCCCUUGCACCCGUCAUCCUCCAUGCCUAUUGGGCUGCCAGCAGGAAGGAAGGAAACCACGGGGCAGGUUCACCCGCUGUCCAGAAGUGUUCCCAGCACCACCCUGGAAAGCUUCAGGAGGUCAGUGACAUCUCUGGAGUCUGAAGGUGACGGCAGCGGCUGGCGAAGCAGGUCUCACUCCGAUGAGCUGUUCCAGUCAGUGGGUUCUUCUCCCUCCACGGACUCCUUCAUGAUGGAAGAUGUUGUGGAUUCUUCACUGUGGAGUGACCUGAGCAGUGACACCCAGGACUUUGAGGCAGAAUCUUGGAGCCUCGUGGUGGAUCCUUCAUUUUGCAGUCGGCAGGAGAAGGAUGUCAUCAAAAGGCAGGAUGUCAUUUUUGAACUAAUGCAGACAGAAAUGCAUCAUAUCCAGACCCUGUUCAUCAUGUCUGAGAUCUUCAGGAAAGGCAUGAAGGAGGAACUGCAGCUGGACCACAGCACUGUGGACAAGAUCUUCCCCUGCUUAGAUGAGUUGCUUGAGAUCCAUAGGCAUUUCUUCUUCAGUAUGAAGGAGCGCAAGCAGGAAUCAUGUGUUGGCAAUGACAGGAAUUUUGUGAUCAAUCGAAUCGGAGACAUUCUAGUACAACAGUUUUCAGAAGAAAAUGCAAAUAAAAUGAAGAAGAUAUAUGGAGAAUUCUGUAGCCAUCACAAGGAAGCUGUUAGUCUCUUUAAAGAACUCCAACAGAAUAAAAAGUUUCAGAAUUUUAUUAAGCUCCGAAAUAGCAAUCUUUUGGCUCGACGGCGAGGAAUUCCAGAAUGCAUCCUCCUGGUUACUCAGCGCAUUACAAAAUACCCUGUGUUGGUGGAAAGGAUUUUGCAGUACACCAAGGAAAGGACCGAAGAACAUAAAGACUUAUGUAAAGCUCUUGGCUUAAUUAAAGACAUGAUAGCAGCCGUGGAUCUAAAGGUUGACGAAUAUGAGACAAAUCAAAAAUGGCUUGAAAUCCUCAAUAAAAUCGAAAACAAAACCUACACGAAGCUCAAAAAUGGCCAUGUGUUUAGAAAGCAGACCUUGAUAAGUAAAGAAAGGACUCUGUUAUAUGAUGGUCUUGUUUACUGGAAAACAGCUACAGGUCGCUUUAAAGAUAUCCUGGCUCUCCUUCUAACUGAUGUGCUACUCUUUUUACAAGAAAAAGACCAAAAAUACAUCUUUGCAGCUGUGGACCAGAAGCCCUCCGUCAUUUCCCUUCAGAAGCUUAUUGCGAGAGAAGUUGCAAAUGAGGAGAGAGGGAUGUUUCUGAUCAGUGCUUCCUCAGCUGGCCCGGAGAUGUAUGAAAUCCACACCAAUUCCAAGGAGGAACGGAACAACUGGAUGAGGCGGAUCCAGCAGGCAGUAGAAAGCUGUCCAGAGGAAGAUGGGGGACGGACAAGUGAAUCUGAUGAAGAGAGACGGAAAGCUGAAGCCAGACUGGCCAAAAUUCAGCAAUGCCAAGAAAUACUCAGUAACCAAGACCAACAGAUUUGCACAUGCUUGGAGGAGAAGCUGCAUAUCUAUGCUGAGCUGGGGGAGCUGAGUGGCUAUGAAGACGUCCACCUGGAGCCGCAUCUCCUCAUUAAACCCGAUCCCGGGGAGCUCCCCCAGGCAGCCUCCUUACUGGCAGCAGCACUGAAAGAAGCGGAGAGUCUGCAAGUUGCUGUGAAGGCCUCGCAGGAGCAUGGGAGUCAGUCAUCCGAGGAAGCCUGUGGGGAACCGCUCUCCACAGCCACACCUGGUUCUCAAGAUGUUCCAGGCCUGCCUACUGCUCCACUAGUCACAGAAGGGACAGAAGAAAGAGGCUGUUGGGAUCUGGAUCCCGGGAUCCAGGGUGUGGUAACAGACUUGGCCGUCUCUGAUGCAGGGGAGAAGGAGGAAGAGAGAAGUUUCCCAGGGUCCUCACAGUCAGAGAUUAUACAAGCCAUUCAGAAUUUAACUCGUCUCUUAUACAGCCUUCAGGCUGCCUUGACCAUCCAGGACAGCCACAUCGAGAUCCACAAGUUGGUUCUGCGGGAGCAGGAGAGCCUGGCCCCUGGCCACCUGUUCCGAGGUGGUUCCCUGCAGGACCAGGAGAAAUCUCGCAACCUGGAGAAGCAGCGCGAAGAGCUGGCCAACUUCUACACGCUGCAAGGGCAGUUCCAGCAGGAGCAGCGGCGCUGGCACCGCACCUGUGACCAGCAGCAGCGGGAGCAGGAGGCCAAGGAGAGCUGGCUGCAGGAGCGGGAACGGGAAUGCCAGUCCCAGGAGGAGCUGCUGCAGAGGAGCCGCGGAGAGCUGGACCAUCAGCUGCAGGAGUACCAGCAGAGCCUGGAGCAGCUGCGCCAGGGCCAGCGGCUGGUGGAGCGGGAGCGGGAGCGGAUGCGCAUCCAGCAUGGCCUGCUGGGCCACUGCAAGCACAGCCGGCAGAGAAGCCUUCCAGCGGCCUUCCCUCUGGGAAGCAAGGAGGUAGUGGACCUUAAUCGAUCUGAGAGUUUGUGUCAUGAAAGUUCAUUCUUCAUCAAUGAAGCUUUAGUGCAAGUGUCACUUAACAGUUUGAAUAAACCGAAUCCAUCAGGUGUCCAUGAGGAUGCCACUCACCCCUUCAGUAAACUUCAUUCUGAUUUGGCAAGGACUAGUGACAAUCAAGUAGACCUGAAGACAGACGUUUCUCAGCUUUCAGAUGUCAACCAUAUAUUGUGGACAGCCGCUGGACCCUGUCACCAGAUACUUCCUCUCCAAGAAAGCAACAAGGAUUCCUAUAGCAAUGAUUUGAACACCUCGCAGAGUGAAUCUCCAAUCCCUCUGGACUCAUAUUCCCACAGUCCUCAGCCACAGACAUUUCUAGCAGAAGCCAAGCUCAGUCUACAGAAGGUGGCCAGACAAGAUGGAGAAACUGGAGAUGUCAUGGAAGAAAAUAUUGUUUACCUCUGAUUAUGUUGUCAUCAUUUUUCCAAACAAACAAAAACACUGGCACUUUGAGGAGAACUCCCCCUCCACUCCUAUUGUGUGUGUGAUUGUGCCCAAAUUGCUUUAAGGAUACUAUUUAAUGUUUCAUGCAAAUUCAUUUUUAGCAUGAAUCUAAUAAUUAAAUUAUUGAAAACA